AUGGUCGUCGCAGACUGGGUCAUUCUCGGUGUAUGGUGGUUCUUCUUCCAGCAGAACCGGCCAGGACCUAAACUCCCCAAAGGCUCCAACUAUGCGACUAUUGGAUUCAAGCAGAUCUGGCUUGCCAUUCGCGAAAUACGAGCCCUGCCACAGACAUUCCUCUACUUCAUGGCCUAUUUCUUGUUAGCGGAUGGGCUGAAUACGACCGGAAGUCUGGUUUCAAUCAUCCAAAACGACUUUGUCUCCUUCUCAUUCCUCCAGCUAACCUACCUCGGAAUUGCCCAAGCUUGCUGCUCAAUCGCCUCUACACUUGGCUUCUGGUAUUUCCAGAAGUACUUUAAGAUCCGCACCAAAUACAUGUUCCUAGUAACCAAUUUCUUCAGCGUCCUCAUUCCCUUUUGGGGUAUGCUAGGGCUUUGGACGAGGAGGAUUGGAUAUCACCACAAGUGGGAGUUUUAUUUCUACAACGUCAUAUUCGGACUGUUCCAAGCUCCCUACUAUGCGUAUUCCCAAACCAUGAUAAGCGACCUCAUGCCACGUGGAUACGAUAAUAUGUUUUUUGCUCUCUUUGGAAUAACCAACCGUGCUUCCUCCAUAAUAGGCCCAAAUGUCGUCCAAGCAAUCAUAAACAACACCCAAAACAACUGGAUGGGAUUCCCCUUCCUCUUCGCCAUCUGCGCAGCAGCCAUGAUCGGGAUUGCGUUUGUGAAUAUCGAGAAAGGCCGCGAGGACAGCCAGCGGUUUGUCGAGGCGAGAAAGCUAGCUCGUGUUGAGGUGGAAACUGGGAUGACGGCGGAUGGGCUCUUCAAGGCGACGACUAAUGGCAAUGACGGUGAUGGGAGUCCAGCUUAGGAUAGUAUUAUGCAGUAUCCUUAGGCCAUCUGUUUCACUUGUCUCUUUUAGUAUUACCUUCCCUCCAGUAUAAUAAUAUUUAAGAGUCUAGAGCAAUGAUGAAUGAGAACGGUAUGCAUC